CAGGCUCGAUGGAUACAGCCUGAUUCGUCGUAAUGAGUUUGGGGACCUCAAAAAUGGCUGGAAAUGCAUUGGGAAUAGUUUUCUGUCUUCUACUUCUUGCUUCUACUAUUCAAGGGAUCCAGGGUGUUGAGUUGUUCCAUUAUGAAAAUAUGGAAGCUGUAGUGGGCCAGAAUGUUUCCAUACCCUGCACUUUAAAAGGUUCUACUGAUAUCAAGAUUGUCAGUAUUGAAUGGCGUAAGGAAAACACAAAGCUGUGUGUGUACAGCCAGUUUUAUGGAAUCAAUCUAGUCUGGCAAAAUAUUACCGUCCAGAUUGAGAAAAACAGUACUGAUGUCCUGGGUUCCCAUUUAAAACUUUCUGAUGUGAAGAAAUCGGAUGAAGGCAUCUAUGUUUGUGACACCGCCACCUUUCCUGAUGGAUCCAAAAAGGUUAAAACACAGCUAAUAAUCAAAGAUGACAUUAAAAUAACGUGUGAUGUGAAUGGCACUGUUGAAGUCCAAAAUGGAGAAAAUGUUACAAUUCGCUGCACAGCAUUUCCAAAUGCACACUACAGAUGGACCAAGAAUGAUGAACUGUUGUCAGAGACUGAAUCUCUGGAGCUCUGGUGGGUGACCGAUGCUGAUGCAGGGGUUUAUACACUGACUGUCAAAACAGGAAGCAAACGUGUGCAUGAAGAGUUUGUGGUCACAGUGCUAACGACAACCACAAGUUUGAAGACAGUGUCACCACAGGGUUUGACUGAAUCAGCAGGCAUCAGCCUUACAACAUCACCAACCCCCGAGCUUUCAACCCACACAGAUCGGACCACCUUCAUUGCUACAAAUGCUCCAAACACCACAAAUGUUACAAUCACAGCUGAUGAGCACAUAACCUCUUUUACAAAUUCUACACACAUCUCUGUCACAGCAUCCCCCACCACACACUCUUACACCCAAGAUUUGCUCAAUACGACUGUCCAGAGGACAACAGAAUCAGGCUAUCCUAGCACAAUGUUGACCUCAACGCAAGAAUCGGCCAGUGAUGAGACAAGGAAUGAGACUGAGGUACAUACAGAGCAACCAGAGGGCAUUUCCUCAGCAACGCCAGAAGAAUACAGCACCACAGGAAACAUUUUUAAAAGUCCUGAAAGACCUUCAUCUGGAGAUAAAUAUGGAGAAAAUGAAAAUAAGGAUACGGCACCGAUUCAUCUGUUGUUGGUGGUAAUCAUUGUUCCGGUGCUGGUAUUGAUUGCCGUGGCUGGCUUUCUCUUUAGAAGACAAGUUAUAAAAACCAGGCUGGAUUCGCCGCCUUCGUUCAAACCCCCUCCACCUCCAGUGAAGUAUACAGCAAUAAGACACAGCGAGACUCUGACAGAGUCUUUUCCCAUUUCGAGGUGCAACUCUUUAACAGAGACUCAAAUAUGAAUGACUCAAAUUUUUGUCCUCUCUUGGUCAUGUUAAGAGUUACAGAAUGAGGUUAUUUUUACUCAUUACAAACCAGUCACAGGAAAUUUUCCAAAUGUGGCUCUGUGUAUAUACUUUGUGAGUUGUUUUUUUUUUUGGUUGUUUGUUUGUUUUUGUAUAAAAUGCACCCAACUAUAUCAA